AUGCAAGGUUUUAAACAUCUUCAAGAAUGUAUUGAAGAUUUUUUAUCGAAUUUUAAAGAUUUACAAAAUAUAAAUAUUCAAAUUGAAGUUUUUAAAAAUGCCAAACUUAAAUCUGAUAUAAUAAUCAGAGCCUCACCUUCAUAUUAUAAAAUGCCAUACUAUAGUAAUAUUGCAGUAGAAUUGAAUAAAGAAGAACAGCAACUGUAUGUAAAUGACAAUGGAUAUAGUUAUACAAAA